CGCACAGUCUCAUUGUAUAACAACUGCAGCACAUCUAGUUAAAAGACUGACAAACUCAUUGACAUAAUAAGAAACAUCAGCAUGUACUCAACUAAAAACGAGGGACCGCGUAGAGGAAGAUCUUUUGACUCCAUGAACCUUGGUCUGACAUUGGAAGAGAAGCAACUUAACAAUGAGAUGAACAAAUCUGCUUUUCCAAAGAUCGAGGAGAAUAAAGACAACAAAUCUGCGUCUACAGAGAGAGGCCGGGCUGCUGUUGUGUUCUCCUUGAAGAAUGAAGUCGGUGGACUUGUCAAGGCACUAAAACUUUUCCAGCAGGAAAACCACAUCAACCUGGUGCACAUCGAGUCCAGAAAAUCCAAAAGGCGCAACUCAGAGUUCGAGAUCUUCGUAGACUGCGACAGCAACCGCGAACAGCUUCAUGAGAUCCUUCAGCUGCUGAGGAAACAUGUGAACGUGCUCGAAAUGGACGCGCCUGACAACCGCCUGCCUGAAGAAAGCGAGAUGGAGAGCAUGCCUUGGUUCCCGAAGAAGAUUUCAGAUCUGGAUAAAUGUGCGAACCGCGUGCUGAUGUACGGAUCAGACCUGGAUGCUGAUCAUCCAGGAUUCAAGGACAACGUCUAUCGCAAAAGGAGGAAGUAUUUCGCAGACUUGGCUAUGAGCUACAAACAUGGAGACCCCAUUCCCCGAAUAGAGUUCACAGACGAGGAGGUGAAAACGUGGGGAGUGGUGUUCAGGGAGCUGAAUAAACUCUACCCCACACACGCCUGCCGCGAGUAUCUCAAGAACCUGCCCUUGCUCAUCAAACACUGUGACGUCCGCGAGGACAACAUCCCGCAGCUGGAGGACAUCUCACGCUUCCUCAAAGAGCGCACCGGCUUCACCAUCAGGCCUGUGGCUGGGUAUCUCUCCCCACGAGACUUCCUGGCAGGUCUGGCCUUCCGUGUGUUUCACUGCACUCAGUAUGUGCGACACAGCUCAGACCCCCUCUACACACCCGAGCCAGACACAUGUCACGAGCUGCUUGGACAUGUCCCUCUUUUGGCCGAGCCCAGCUUUGCUCAGUUCAGUCAGGAGAUCGGUCUCGCGUCACUGGGAGCAUCAGAUGACUCUGUACAGAAACUCGCCACUUGUUAUUUCUUCACUGUGGAGUUUGGCCUCUGUAAGCAAGAAGGAAGACUGAGAGCUUAUGGAGCCGGUCUGCUGUCCUCCAUCAGCGAGCUGAAGCAUGCACUCUCAGGAAACGCCAGGAUCUUGCCCUUUGACCCCAAUGUGACAUGCAAACAAGAGUGCAUCAUCACCACCUUUCAGGAUGUUUACUUUGUUUCGGACUCCUUUGAGGAAGCAAAAGUCAAAAUGAGGGAGUUUGCAAAGACCAUCAAGAGGCCAUUCUCAGUGCGCUACAAUCCGUACACACAGAGCGUAGAUGUUCUGAAGGACACGGCCAGCAUCAACAACGUGGUGGAAGAACUAAGACAUGAGCUGGACCUCAUUGGAGAUGCACUAAGCAGGCUAAACAUGCAGUUAGGAGUCUGAAAAUCGUAACAUUUUCCAGCAAACCAUCCAUUAUUUCAUGUACCAGUUCAGCUGUUUUGUCACAUUACUUUACUUUCCGAAUCACAUAUGGCAUGAAAACCCACCAAACAAAGUCAAACCCUUGUGUCUGUUUAUAUAAUUAGUUUGGCUCUUGUUUGAUUACAUAUGUGGAUCAUCAAAAGCUGUGCUAAAUGUUUGCAAGUGGAGUUCUUGUAUUUUAUGUGAGAUUUAUAUUGACAUGGUGGUAUUUAUGCAAGGUGACCCCAGUGGUUUUGAUUUAAAUUAAGGCUACACACAGGUGACGUGUAUCUUGUGCAUAAUUGAUGUCUGCUAAUAUAUUGAUGUUUUCAGUUCGCAUUUAUGUCAUUUGUCAUUUCAAAUUGCCACCCUGUGUUUAUUUAUUCAGAGAUACUGUCUGACGGAUAUUUUAGUAUAUAAACAGUAUCUUUGAAACAUGAAACAUUUAGUAGAUACAGUGUAUGCUGAGUGUUAUUGUUUCUUUAUUUAAAAUGGAUGUCUACGUGGAGUAGGACCUGGAAUAAUCUGUAUUUAUUAAAAUGCAUGUAAAUAUAGCAUUGGA